AGGAACACCCGGCAUCAACAGGAAGUUGGUUUUACCCCAGAAUAUUAAAACCCCAAUCCUCGUCUUUAACGUUGAGCAUAGGAAGAUUCAUUUAACACAACAGCAUCAAGCGGCUUUUCUACACCACUGGUCCCUCGUUCAUCGGUAUUUUCUUCCGCGGGCGAGAAGAAGUGCAAACGGAAAUGGAGAUACAGCUCGCGCUGAUUUGAAAUUCCCACCAAUUUGACACUUUCUUUCUCGAGUAGCUUUUUUAGGCUAUAUAUAAAUAUCGAGAUUUAUUUUCCAAGCUUAUUGUCGGACUCCAGAGUACUUAAAGCGAAAAUGUCGGUCGUUUCUCCGACGUUCCUCAGGUCCUCGUCGAGCUCCGCGGUCCGCAUGCUGGUCGGGACCCGGUGCAGCAUUUCGUCUCGUCGACCCGGCACAAAUAAGAACUACAGUGCGACGACGAAAUUUUUCUUCCCCUCGAAGAACAGCCCGCCCCGAAGCUCCUGCAGCCACAACGACCGACGUUUAUUUUCCAGCGCUCUGAACCCGAUGCCGGCAAGUGGCGAAGGACCACACGACAGCAAGCACGAAACUAGUAGUACUUCCGGGCGGUUGCAAACCGCUUCUGUAUCGCUGUCCUCGCCGCUGCACCUGCCGCUUUCGGCCGUGGACUCAGAAGUACACGCAAUCAUCGAGAUAUGCAAGAGAAAACUGUGUAAAAACUGCAACUUCGUGUUGCGUACGCAUGUAAAAUUAGAAAAUACAGUUAUCACUACUUUAUGUCAUUCUGCUGGAAGAUCCAGAUGCAGCCUAGGCUAGCCUCAUACGUACCCGUGCUUUGACGGACUACCCGCGCAUGACCUCAUGCCAGACAGAUUUGCUAUGCUGUGUCCACCACCUCAAAAGUAAAACGAAAAAGAGUUGUUGUACUACCACAGUUUUUUUCUUGGAUGCGAGAAGGAGAAGCAACGGCAGAAAUUUUCUAUCAACCUGAUUGCCAGCGAAAACUACACCAGUCAGGCGGUGUUGGACGCCUUGGGCUCGGUCAUGCAGAACAAGUACUCCGAGGGGUAUCCCGCAGCGCGGUACUACGGUGGAAACGAAUUUAUCGACGAGGCGGAACUGCUGUGCCAGAAACGCGCCCUGGAAGCGUUUGACCUCGAUCCGGCCGAGUGGGGCGUGAAUGUGCAGGUUUUUUCCGGGUCGCCCGCGAACUUUGCGGUUUUCUUAUUACAAUGAAAAAUGCCUCCACCCCCGAACUUGGGAGCAUUUGUAUUGCAAACCUUUCCAAGUGAAACACUCCCCCUCUUGCAUCUAUCAGCAUCACAGGUUUUCAAUCGUUAAUAGCAAAAAUUUGUAUUGCAAAAGACCCCAACAAGAGCGGUCAUGCAAGCGAUGCGAUACACGCCUACAUUCUACAUCAGAAAGAUUCAUACUCCGUUCAUGCAUGACAAAAUCUUUUCAUUUGGAAACUUCGCAUCACAAAUUUUUGCAAUUUAGGGGUGGGGGGCACUUUUCACUGUAAUACUUCUCCGCACUGGUCGAGCCACAUGGCCGCAUCAUGGGGUUGGACCUACCGCUAUCCUGUGUAAAAACGUCCCCACCUCCUCUCCGGUAGACUUGUCAUGCAAUAGAUACAACUCGAUGCGUCACGUAAAAUCGUUCUUGUGCGCAGCUCCAUCGGAAGCAUUUUCAAUUUAUCGGUGUUUUGGAAUUUUUCAUGCUACAACCAAGGAGGUUGAUCAAUUUGUAAUGCAGCUGCACUUUCUAAGUAAACACUGUCAGGCGCAACUACACGCAAAGCUUGCCGGUUUGUGUAGCAAAGUGCCCAUCUUGACUCUGCGGCGGGGACGUUUUUGCUUAGCAUAACCGCACGGAGGCCACUUAAGCCACGGGUUCCAGACGCCACAGAAAAAGAUCUCGUUUGUGUCCAAGUUUUGGGAAACCAUGCCGUACCGACUGGACGAAAAGACCGGCCUAAUCGACUACGAUCAACUGGAGUUGUUCGCAAAAAGGUAAAUUUGUUUUAGAAGCGAGUCGAGUGUUAUUACUUCUAGCAUUUCAAAAUAUUCGCAUGACGAGAAAAAGAGAAGCAGAUGACAAUCAAAGGGGACCAUGCUAGUACUACCCUUCUUGAGAACUGCAUCCUUUCUCAACAAUUUGUGCACAUUAUCAAGAAAGGCAAACGUUGCAACCACUAUAGGUUUCGUCCGAAGCUCAUCAUCGCGGGUUGUACGGCAUACUCGCGAAUCGUGGAUGUGCCGCGCUUUAUCGUGCGGAAAACUUCUACGUGUUUCACUGUGACGCUUUCGGAAAUGACAAGCUUGGUGUUGCGCUUGCAUGACAACGAAAAUUCAUCACGUGGGGUACUGGAUUUAUUUUAGGGGACGAAAGUAGUACUGCUAAUGCUAAAUGUAAAGAUGCUCCUUCGUGUAUUUCCAGCUAAGCAAGCACUUCCUUCCUGCAAUCUUUGCAACAGUCAGAGAAACCGUUUUUCCCCGCGAUAAUCUUUCGGCAAAUUUGCGACGAGACGGAUUCCAUCCUGCACUAUGACAUGGCGCACAUUUCCGGCCUGGUCGCGGCCGGGGUCGUGCCGAGCCCGUUCAAGCAGGGCGCGGACGUGGUGACCAGCACGACACACAAAUCCCUACGUGGGCCCAGGGGCAGCUUGAUUUUCUACCGGAAGGGCUUGAAGAAAUCCGCCGCGCCGGCGAAGGGAAAGAAGGGCGGGGCGCCGAAGGAGGAAGUGUACGACUUGGAGAAGAAAAUCAACGAGGCCGUGUUCCCGGGCUUGCAAGGCGGACCCCACAACCACUCGAUCACGGCGCUGGCUGUGGCGCUAAAGUUAUCGUAAGGAAAAAUCCCCCCUCCCCAUAUCGAGAACGUAUCCGUCUGAAAAUUUGUGAUGCGCAUUUGUGACCUCAAAUCCUGUCUGUCUUGCAAGAAGGCAUGUCCAGAAAGCGUUCCGCAUUUUGCAGGCGGUUUGUGAUGCUGUUGGGCUAAGAGCAUACGCGUUCGUCAUGCUAGGCGCCUACGUCAAAACCUCUCGACUGAGGCUUGGCAUAUGCCUGCAGUCCUCUACUGCGCGACGCAUCUGAUUUGUGUAUGGAAAUCCAGCAUCAGAGUCUUCGUUUCGAUAUGGGGAGGGGGGAUCUUUCCUUUUGAUAAAAGUUGGCGAAAACCCCGGAAUUCCGGGACUACCAGCAGCAAAUCUUGAAGAAUUGCGCAGGUACAAGCGUGGAUAAUGAAGUUAUAGUUCGACCGCUCAACAUCACUACUUUUGAAGACGUGGUAAAGGGAUGAAAGAAACUGUUGUAGUGCGCGCUUUCUCUCUCCCCUACUGUGCCACUCGUGCCGAACCCACUCACCUGGCAACCCAGUAUGUCUGUACAUGAUAUCUUCAUCUCUGCAUGUAUAAAAAUCUCGCGAAGAAUGUUGACGGGCAGGCGCAGUCACGUUGGUUUAACAAGAUACGAAAAAUAACGCAAAAAUCAAAAUUACACCACAGCAUUCUCGUCCGCGCUCCAGUCACUGGGGUACGACCUAGUCAGCAACGGGACCGACAAUCACAUAUCAAAUGUAAAAAUGUCUGGGUCUGAAAGAUUGCUACAUUUGUCAUGCAUGUCUGGCAUGGCUCAAGAAUCUGUGAUGCAUGGGCACAAAGCUGUCCUCUUACCUGUCAUGCCAAAACGCAGUUUGCCAUGCGGAACACGCAACACAUAGGAGCCCAAAAAUUUGUCAUGCUUGGCUCCGUAUUGCAGUGGAACUCCCAUUCACUUUUAGCAUUACAAAUUUCCAGACCCAGGCAUUUUUACAUUUGAUAUCACAUGAUUCUGAUCGAUGUGAAGAAGUCCAGGAACGUGUCCGGGGCAAAAGCAGAAAGGAUAUGCGAGCUCGCGAACAUCGUGCUCAACAAAAAUACCGUCCCGCACGUAUGACCUGCUCAAACGUUACAAUUAUCUCAAACGUUACAAUAGAGUCUGGAAUUUGUAUUGCGUGACGAGCAUGACAGACCCGCAGAGAGUUCCACUUCCUGCAAUACAAAUUUCGCCAGAUGAUCCUAGUCCGGUUUGGGACUCAAGAACUUGUCAUGCGCAAUGCGGUGGGGAGUGUGAACUACAUCAUGCACUUUUUGCGUCACAGAUCUCCAUGUUCUAUUCGUAACGUUUGAGAUUGUAAGGCCUGAGCAGGUUAUAGCACGACACCAGCGCGAUGAAUCCCUCGGGGCUGCGGGUCGGCACUCCGGCGAUGACCACCCGAGGCUUGAAGGAGACCGAUUUUGAACAGGUGGCGGUUUUUCUCGACCAGGCCCUGAAGCUGGCCCAGAGUGUGCAGAAGGAAAUCAACUCAAAUAAGCUCGUUGAUUUUACCAAUUUUCUGGAGGAGAAACAACCCGCGGAGCUGCUGCUGCUGAAGAAGGAAGUCACCGAGUUCUGUGCCCGGUUCCCGUAGGUGAAGUAAAUCAAGAGUGGCUUGCUUUUAAGUGGAGAAAUCGAAGGUGAGCGACAUGGUAGCCUGACGCUUUCCUGCUCUCAGGAGAACAAGGAGAGCCGAAGGGAACGCAGAUGCCGGGUCUUCAACUACGAGACAGAUGUGAACAAGAAGACCACACGAGUAGUGACAACUUGAAGUUCCAUUUGAAAUACCAUAAUUUGCUAUGUUCUGGCUUUUUUUGGAAACAACAAAGAAACUUCUUUUCGAAGGUUUUUGUGUAAUCAAAAAUGUACCCCGGCGUGGCGCUAGCUUUUCAUUGCUUUUAUUGAUGUACCGGGAAAAAUGAGGAUAAACCAAGCUUGCGUUGAGUUUUACGCCCCUGCUGUGUCGGAGUGAGAUGCUACUUUUUCUGCUGUAUGAUCAUGUAGACCACGUCGCGGCAGUGCUAGUGCUUUUUACAGUUUAAUACAACCACCUAUCAACUUGGGCGGCCUAGUGUUAUUUGUACUUAGUGCUGCACCCGUCGUCAUCUCGUUCUUGCCGCGCACUGCACAGUUGUGACGGCGCCUCGCGCACUGUAACCUCGCGGGGUCCACCCAACUUUCGUUAGGUUUUUUCGGCAUAUGAGGAACCAGCUGGUUCCACUGGGGGCCGACCAGUUUGCGACGGAGAAGACUGAGUUGGAACCCAACCCACCUCCGCGAAAGGACAAAAGAACAACGACGGUUGUAGCUUUUUCGCAAAGGAAUCAUAAAUGACGACAAGAAAUAACAUCCAUGCGAUAGUUGUUUUCAUCACUACAACUCGUACGACUGACUACCUGCCGCACGGUUGUUGACGGAGAAAAACACGAUGACCACGAAGAUGAACAAGAACACAAAAUUCAGAUGGGAUCCGACAGGUGUAGUACAGCAACAUGCUGCUUGGAAGAAUGAUUUGCAGACCACAGACUACGCUCCUACUCUGCUCUCAAAAACGGUAUGAGGUUCUGCCGUGGAAAAAACAAAAAGUAGAAUGACG